GACGCCGCCGUUCCCGCUGGUGGCGGGCAAUUCGACACGGAGACGUCGCCGCGUGGCCGUGGAGAGGCGAGUGAGCGUCCCGCGGAGCUACGCCGCGAUGGUCCCGACCUGGUCGCAGCUGCAGGGGCCAGGCCAGGCCAGGUGUCGUUGGGCGGACGACCUCGACGGCAGCUACCUGGCCGCAGAGCCCGCGGGCGACCGCGAGCAGCAAGGCUUGGACGACCACGACGUCCAAGAGCAUGUGACGAAGCGCAUGCUGGAGCGCGGCCUCGAUGAGGCAGACACCUCGGGCGAAGAUACCCCGGCCAACAUGGAUCCGACGACCGAGGAGGAGAGGGUGCACAUGCUGAUGCAGGAGCUGCACCUUCACAGCUUGGACGGGGAGGGUGGGUUUGUCAAAUUUUCCGCGGGCUCGCUGGUCUUUGGUGCGAAGGUCAUGGCUGACAUCAUCGAGGACGGGCUGAUCUAG